AUGCUCCAUCCCAAUGGUCGAGCCGUGGGCGGCACAGAGCUCAACUGGUGCCGCGAGGUGGUCAGCGGCACCGGGAUCGCCGUCUUGGCCAUCCAUUCUUCUCUCGAUCCCAACAUGCACAUAGCACGUCUCAAAAACGCCCUCCAUGACCUCCAUACCUCCCAUCCGAUCCUCGGCUCUCGCCUCCAUUACAAUCCCACUUCCAACACCUACUCAUUCGUAACCACACCGUCCCCUUCCGUUCAGAUCAACCGCUUCAGCCAUGCUGCCACUUCCCGAAUCCUCGAAUGCGACCGAAAAAUCUCCCCCCUCCAUCUCGUUCUCGAACACGAGCUCAACCAAAACGCUUGGACUAGUAGUGCCACUUCGACGAAAACCGACGUGGUUUUCGCCAGCGUUUACGCUUUACCCGGUGCGAAUGGUUGCGUGUUGGUGCUCUGCCUACACGCCGCCGCUUGCGACCGGACCACAGCGGUGUCGCUGCUGAGAGAGUUGUUGACGCUGAUGGCCGUUGAAGAAGAGGGUCGAAUUGAGAUUACGGUGAAUAAAGGAGAGAUGAGUUUGGCCAUUGAAGAUCUUGUUCGUAGAGGGAUGGCAAAGAAAACGAUUUGGGCACGGGGAGUCGACAUGCUUAGCUACUCUGUUAGUUCUUUACGGCUCACCAACUUGAAGUUCAUUGAUGCAAAAUCUCAAAGAUCCAUGAGAUCUACUCAAGUUGUGAGGUUGAUUAUUAACUCUGGUGACACUGACAAGAUCUUGAAGGGUUGCAAGGCAAGAGGGAUUAAGCUGUGUGGAGCGUUGGCUGCGGCUGGGCUGAUGGCGACGCACAGUUCUAAAAGCCGUUCAGAUCAUCAAAAGAAGAAAUAUGGUGUUGUAACCCUCACUGAUUGCCGUUCAAUUCUUGAACCUCCUCUCCUCGAUCACCAUUUCGGGUUUUACCACACAGCUAUUCUCAACACGCACACCAUUAAAGGAGGCGAGAAGCUUUGGGAACUAGCCAAGAAAACGUACACGACGUUCACAAACUACAAGAGCAGCGGCAGGCACUUGUCAGACAUGGCAGACCUUAAUUUCUUGAUGUGCAGGGCCAUGGAAAACCCUAGCUUGACUCCAUCAUCUUCGCUGAGGACAUGUUUGUUGUCGGUGUUCGAGGACACGGUGGUGGAUGAGUCGAACGACGAGCAAAACCGAGUCGGCAUAGAGGACUACAUGGGAUGUGCUUCCGGUCAUGGCAUCGGGUCAUCGAUCGCCGUCUUCGACACCGUGCGCGACGGAAGACUAGAUUGCGUAUGCGUUUACCCUUCGCCCUUGCAUUCAAGGGAACAAAUGCAGGAGCUGGUGGAUAAGAUGAAGUGCAUACUAGUGGAUGCAGGGAACAAUAUGGUUGAUGAAACUAAUAUUUAG